CCCCCCCCCCUUGCAUAUUCAGGAUUUGAGGGAGGAGGGCCUUCCUCGGCCAUGUCAGGAAUAAAGGGAAAACAAAAAGAAGACAACCCCUGGGAGCUACGUAUGGACCUUGGUCAAGGAUGGUUCCUUGUCCAUUUCAGCCGCUUUUCUUUCAUUAUUUCGUUACUUGUUUUCCAAUGCACUGUUCAUGGGAACAUGGGGUUAAAGGACUCUUAGAUGGAAGCACAAACGAAAAGUAAACAUAUUCGAUGCAGUCAGGUCCUUGCGAGGACAAGAGAGAGGAUGUGUGCGUACCUAGGUAGGGUGAUAUUGCACAUGUAGGGGCCGACAGUCCACGACAACUUUCUCCCGCUCUGCAGGGGCGGGGAUGGCGGUUAAAAUGGGAAUUGGGCCAGUUGGGACAUGUCAUGUGCGGUUGGUUGUAUUAUCCCCCUUCCCUUCCCUGUAGAAUUGCCAGGCGCAAAGACGAAAUGAAAUGACACGAGGGGAAAAGAGAUGAGAAAGACGUCCAUAAGUGGACUCGAGCGAUAUACCUGUACGUGUAGAUCGGCGG